AAAAGUUAGCAGAUGAAGAAAAUUUAGAAAAAAAAGAUGAACUGGUGGAACCAGAAAAAUUAGAAAUAAAAGAACAGUUAGAAAAUAUAGUAAAGGUAAAAAACAAUAAAAUUAUAAAAGCAAAUGUAAUAACAGAAGUGAAGGAAAACUUACAGAAACAAGAGAAAAUAGAAGAAAAAGAAAGUUUGGAAAUUGAAAUCAAAUUAGAAAAGGAAGUCAAACUGGAUAAACCCGAAAAAUUAGAAAUCAAAGAAAAAUUAAAAGAGACAUUAAAUAUGGAAGGGGAUAAAGUACCGAAAGAAAAUGAGACAUUAAAAGGGAAGAAAGAAUUGCAGAAACAAGAGAGAAAAAAAAGAAAAGAGAAGUUGGCAGAUAAAGAAAAAUCAGGAAAAAAGGAAAAUCUGAAAGGGUCAGAAAUAUUGAAAACCAAAGAAAAGUUAGAAGAUACAAUGAAAAUAGAAGAGAAAGAAGAAAAAGAAGAGAAAGUACAGGAAGAAAGUAAAAUCUUAAAAGACAAAGAAGACUUACAGAAACAAGUGAGAAUAAAAAAAAAGGAUAAAUUGGCAAAUGAUGAAAAAUUAGAGGAAUCAGAGAAAUUAGAAAUUAAAGAAAAUUUAAAAAACAUAGUGAAAGUAAACGACAAACUGGGAGAAUUAGAGAAAGUAAAAAACAAACCAGAGGAAUUACAGAAAGAACAUGAGAAAUUAGAAAAACAAGAAGAAAAAUUAGAAGGAGAGGAAAAAUUAAAAGUAGAAGAAAAAUUAGAAAAGAAAGAAAAAUUAAAGGAACCAGAAAAAUUGGAAAUCAUGGAAAACUUAGAGGAUACUGUGAAAGUACAAAAGAAUAAAUUACUGCAAGAUAAAUUAGAAUUAGAAAAAGAAGAAUUACAGAAUCAAGAAAAAAUAAAAAUAGACAAGCAAUUGAUAGAUAAAAACAAAUCAAAAGAGAAAGAAAAACUGGAAGGGGCAGUUAAACUAGAAAUCGAAGAUAAAUUGGAAGAUAAGAUAAAAUUCGAAAAUGAAGAUAUAUUGGGAAGAAAAAAAUUAUCUGAAGAACAGAAACAAUCUGAAAACAAAAUUAUUAUUGAUGGUAUGAAUCAGAAUGUAAUGCAAAAUGACGAUAAGAUAGAAUCUGGAGAUCCAAAAAAAGAAACAAAAUCUGCUAAGAAUGGGAAGAUAAAGGAACAAACUAAAUCGAAGUCAAAGAGCAAAAAGCAGAACAAAUCUGAAACUCAAAGCCAAAAAGAAGAAGAUAAAAAACAAAUGAAAGAUGAAGUAAAAAAUCAAAAAGAACAGAUACAUGAAGAAAUAGCAAAUGAAGUAAAUUUUACAUUAAAUGACCUUAAACUUGAAAAUAUUGUGUCAUCCGAGAUUUUAACAGAGACAAACAAAUCAGAUGAUUCGAAAAAAGAAGUUCUAAAACAGGAUAAUCAAUUACAAUUAAGUGAAAAAUCAUGGACUUCUAUAAUUAGCACGAAAGAUACUGUAGACUCAAAUAAACCAGUCGAGCAAAUAGAAACGAUUACAAUUGUCGAUAUUGCACCACAAGAUGCAAUUUCUGAUGUAAAACUUAUUAAACCAAUUCCAGUAAUCACAAAAGAAACAUCUUCAAAGAUUUCUCAAAAACAGGACUUGGAACAAUCGAUUAAAGAAAAGACAGCAAAGAAACAGAAGAAAAAGAUUGAAGAAAAGGAAGCAAUGUCUACAAGUGUGACUGAAAAUGUACAAACUUUUUCACAAUCGCCCUCACACGUUUUGAUACAACAAGAGUUGAAACAAUCGACUGAAGAAAUAACAUCAAAAAAACAAAAAAAAACGAUUGAAGAAAAGAAAGUAGUAUCUGUAACUAAAGAUAAACAAGCUUCUUCAGAAUCACCUUCACAAGUUCUGCAAAAAAUUGUUAACGAAGACAACAGUAAGUCCUAUUUAGCGACAUUCUCUCAUGAAUCUUUGCCACAAUUAAGCCAAAAACAAAUAAUUCAUGAAAAAUCAUUACCACUUAAAACAGAAGUUCACUCCAACGAAUCACCUGCUGAUGAUAUUAUAAAUAUAAACGUCGAUAUAAUAUCAGAAAAAGGGAUUGAUAAUAAUAAUGUUAAAAUCGGAGAAAGUAUACCAUUUAAUAAAACAGAUUAUUCUGAUGUUCAAGUUACGAGUAAUAAUUCCAAAGGUGAAGUAACUUCAUGGGCAGAAGAAAUAGAAAAAGAAAUAUUUGCACCGACUGUUUUGCAAUCUUUAGAGAAUGUAGAAUCAUCAAUACUUUCUUCUACUCUAGAAGAUAUAGAAGUUUUCACAACUGAUCUAUUAGACACCGAAACUAUUUCAACAACAAAAGCAGACUCGUGGGCUGCUAUUGUGGCUCGAAAAACAAAUGACACAGUAGAUUUAUCUCCAUUCGUUGAACAGGAUACAAUUAAAAAUGAAAAACAUCUUACAAAGGAAGAAUAUCUCCCUCAAGUACAGAUUUUCGUAGAUGAGAGCCCUCAAUCAGCACCUAUAGAAAAUCUUGUUCAUGUCGAUGAUCAAGGUUUUGUCGAAUUUAUAAAUCGAAAAGAAUUACGAACCAGAAGAUCUAGAUCGCGAUCGAGAACCAAUAAAUCGGAUGAUUUCGUUGCAGUAACGGUAAACACGAGCCAAAAUAAAACUGAUGCUACUUUGGAUUCUAUUGAACAAAAAAUAUCGACAGAUGUAAAAUCUAAAUCGGAAACUAGUCAGGACAAAGAAACAAAAAAUGAAGUUCAGAAACAGAAAGGAAAGAGUAAAUCGAAGUUGAAAGGUAAUGAUAAGGAAACUAUUGAAAAAGAAGUACAAGAAAAAGAUGAAACGGUUGUUGUGAAAGAAAAAUAUAAGGGAACAAUAACUAAAGAUAAAACUUCAGAAAUAGUUGUUGAUAGAAAGAAACAAGAACAUGAAAAGGACACUAAAUUUGAAUCUCGAAAACAAAAGGUAAAAGGCAAUGCUAAAUCGAAAAAUCACGAUGUAGAAACUAAAGAGAGUAAUAAAAAAUUAGAAAUCUCUUCUAAAAAAGAAGAGAUUUCUAAAGAAAUUAGUACUGCAAAAAUAAAAGAGACAAAUAAUGAACCAAUAUUAGAUACUCAAACAGAAUUGAAAGAAACAAAUAAAGAAGAAAUAACAACUGAAAAUUAUAAUAAUUCCAUAGAAAAUUGUGUCUCCAAAACAAUUAAGGAACAUGAAAUUAAUUUAGAAAAGACCAUAAUUUCAGAUCAAGAAAGUAUAGAGCCGGUAGAUAAAAGCAGAAAGCAAAAAACAGCUGACGAGCAAAGUAAUAAUUCUAUGGAAAUUAGUACCUCCGAAACAAAUAAGGAAAUUAGUUCAGAGAAGACCAUAAUUUUAGAUCAAGAAAACAAAGAGUCGGUGGAGAAAGAAAAAUGUAAAAGCAAAAAACAAAAAUCUAAGAAGAAUAAAUCUGGGAAGAACGAGUGGAAAGAAUCAGUAGAACGAAAUGAAAGUAAGAAAUUUAAAGUAGAUAAAGAAUUGACAGCAAAUAUUCAAAUUACUGAGAAAGAAAAGACAACAAAAAACGAAAACAAUCAAAUAACAGAGAAAAUAGAUACGAUCAAGAAUCAGAGUAGUGAAAAGAUAAAAGAUUCUCAAGAUUCAAGGACACCGAAGAAAGAAAGAGAUGAACCUAUUGGUAAAUUGAAAAAUAGGUCGAAAAAUAAAAAAGCAAUCCAGGAUAAAUCAAAAGUGAAUGUUAAUAAAGAUAUCGAAAAGUCAUGUAAAGAAAAUGGAGUAACUAAUCAAAUAGAUUCUAAAACUGUAUUGAUAGAAACUGAGACAGCAGAUAUAAAUACGAAAUUUAUCGAGGAAGAAAAAUUAGAAAUAUGUACUGAUACAAAUGGAGAAGAAUUGCAUAAAGAAAAUGAAAAUAAUCAGGCUGAUUCAAAAUUGACACUUAUAGAAGUUAAUCAAAUAGAAAUAUCUUGUGAUAAAAAACAAAUGAAGGAAAUACCUGAACAUAGUCAAACUGAAUCAACUAUUGAGUCAAAAAUAAAUGAGAAAUAUAUUUUAGAAGAAAAAUUAAAGGUACGUGUUGAUAAAAAUGAUGAAGAUUUGCAACUGUUAAAAGAAAAUAAAGAAUUUAUACAGUCUGUUAUAAAUUCAGAAAUAAAAGAAUCAGUAAUAGAUCAAAAGAUCCAACAAAAAUCGAAAAAGGAAGAUAAGAAAAACAAAAAGCAAAGUGCUAAACAUUUAUCUCAAGAUAAUUUGAGUAAUAAAGAAACAGAGGAAAAAGAGAUUAAAAAACAAAAUGAAAUUACUGAAGAAAAGGAAAUUAAAUCGGCAACAUUAGAACUUACUGUACAUGAAAUAAAAACGUCGGUUGCAGACAUUAAACUUGAACCACAGGAAAUCCUUUCAGGCAACGUUCAUGACAACACAUGUGAAAAAUGUGUUGAGAACAAAACUGAACAGGAAGAAAUUAGCUUAAUUCCUGAAACGAUAGCAUUAGAUUCUGCACUUUCUUCUAAUGUGAUAGAAUUUAGUGCAGAUAAAUUAAACAUAUCGGAUCAUGAAAAAGCUUUUACAGAUAUCAUCUCUUCGCAAAAUAAUAUAAUUUCAAAAUCAAGUGAGAAUACUAAUGAGAAUACAAUCGAUUCAAAAGAAUACAUUGAGCAAAUUGAGAAUGAAGAUAAAAAUACAUUAAAAGAAAUUGAGGAACAUCUUCCUUCGGAAAUAAAAUCAUGUCCUACGAUAAUCGAGAAUCUCGAGCACUUACAUGAAAAUGAAGGAAGCAUUGAAUCUGAUCCGUCCUUUGUAGCUACAGAGAAUCGUCCAAAGGUACGAUUCUAUAUUGCUGACGACGUCCUUAUUCUUACCCAUGAUAAAGAAAAGGAACUGAAAUCAGCAAUGAUUCAGGAGAGAACAUUGAAUACGGUACGAUCGAAAUUCCUUUCUCUUGACAGUGGUUUUUGGCCGACAAAACAUCCUUAUCAUGAAGCCGAAAAAGAUCUGUUUGAGAGUUUAGCUCAUCAUAUUGAGAACGAUUCGAUUGAGAACAAUAAAAAGGAUUCCAGUGAUCGUGAUCCACCGGAUCACAGUUAUGACGACGAUAAUAAUGGGGGUGGAUCUAGAGGUGGUUCAGGGCACUGUUUCGAUAAUUCGCGAACUCUACUGGGUUCACCUCGUACGGAAUGCCUCGUGACCGACCUGCCUGGUGGCAUUUGUAGUUGGCGCGAUUAUAGUACUUACUUAUCGAGCGAGAACGAGGAGAAACCGGAUAACACCUUGCAGCUUGCACAUAAAAUGACUGAGAACUUGAUAACCGAGCCAAGCUUGCCUUCGAAGUCAUCAUCCUCUUCGACUAAUCUUCAAUUAACUUCGAAAAUCCAAAUGAAUUCUAACUAUCCUACCUGGAUCGAUGUUUCAAAUAAUAACAAUCCACUUCCUUCUGACCAUUCCAAUGCCACUGUAUCAACUAAUAUUCUUAUAGAAAACGAAGAAACCAUGUCCAUUCCUUUGAACGAAGAACAAUUCGUUCAAUUUAAUUUUGAAUCUUCCUCGAUAUCAACCUCCAUCCCAAAUCAUCCAGAACCAUCACAAGAUAUAGGUAGAGCAACGCUGGAAUCUCUGCAGCAAUGGCCUCCGAAUGAACAGAUGGAGAGAGAGACGAGGGCAAUCGAAGACAAGACUAUGAAGAUACAAGGGAUCAAGGUGCGAUGUGACAUCACAGUCAGUAAUCGCUCUUGUUGUACCAUAAAUGGUCAACGUUACUGGCACAUCUCUAUAUACGAAACCAUAGAAGCACGUCUCACAGCAUUAAAAACUGCCCUUUUGGAUAUAGAAGCUACGAAUUUGUCUCGUGAUUCUAUUGAAUCAAUGUUAUCUGCCACUGGGGCGAUGAUAACAAAACUUCAAGAUUAUGAUGAAGAAACUAUACAAUUGCAACAACAAUUGUGUGAACUUCCAAUCAAUACUACUUGUCAAAUAUUUACGAAUGCUUUGGAAAGUAUUCAAUCGCACAUUAAUACGUUGUUGACUGAAACAAAGCAAAGUUAUGAGCUUUUAGAGCAAGCUUUAGAGAUUCAACGUCAACGAACUAAAGAAAUAAAGGAUUAUCAAAAUUUUCUUGAAGAAACGGAUGUUUGGCUAAAGGAUAUCGUAGUUGGAAUAAAUGAGUCAAUAACUGUAGACCAGAAUUUGCAAGUGCAGUUGUUAGAUCGUACUCAACGAGUAUCCAAAUUGGAAUCACUACCAGAAGUUAAAGAGUUGGCAAAAGUAUUGAAGAAUGAACUGAUGGACUUGAUUAACCGUCUUCAGCAAAAGCAGCAGGAAUUGCUGGAUGAAGAAGCAAUGGCCGAUGACGAAACUACAGAUCGUGAUGAUGCCACAAUCGAUCAGGCACCAUCGAUACACUCUACUAUUGAAAGCAAUCCACCAUCCUUAGCCGAUGUGUCCUUACAAACAGGACAAAGUUUAUUAUUAGAUAUUGUAGAAGAUAAACCAUUACAACUUACAAAACAAACUUCGACAACUCAGAUUCCCGUUAUAACAGCUACUCAAUCAUUAAUGACACAAACUAUGGAUACCGCGACUUUUCCAGAUCAGCAAAUAAAAGAAACAAUCAAGGUAGUAAAACUCUCUGAGGGUGAUCAUGAUGUUAUCGAAAUAGCAACAAAGAACGUAAAGACUGAUAUAAGUCAAAAUUUAAUUCGAAAUGAACAAAAUAACGUCGUACCUGAUAAUAUAAUAGUUGAUAUGAAAUAUCAAGAUGGUCAAAAGGAGGAGAAUGCUAAAAGCGAAUUGAACAUUCAUCAUGCGACUCCUCAAUCUUUCGAAACUGUACUCUUUGAACCAGACGACGUGACUACUGAAGUAGUUGUCGAUGCAGAUGGUACGAAAAGAAUUAUCGUUAGAAAGUUAAGGCAAACAGUUGUUUCCAACAGACACACUCAACAACAUGCAUCGUCGAUCACGACAGCUCUUGGUGAGGAUGCGUCAAUGAUGCAAGCAUUUUCAGAAGCAACUCUAAGAGAUCAGUAUGUCACAGUUACUACAACGAAACCUGAUGGUACCGUAGAAACAUUAACGAAACAAAUUCAUGGUAGUAAAGUAACAACAGGUAUACCAGAUGCAGAAUAUUUCGAAGAGAAAUAUGAAUCAACACCACAGUACACCCACAGAAUAACUCAAGGAGCUAUCAGAGAUAUUAGUCCUUUACCUAUCGAAGAACAAAUAUUAGAACAUGGUCAAUAUCAAACGAAGACAUCCAGCGUUCACGCUAUAGUACAACAGGUGACUAGAAGAGUUAUCAAAAAAACGCGAAAGAUUAUACGAAAAGUUACCAUCAUAGAUGGUAAGGAAACUACAAGCGAGGAAAUAAUUGAAGAACCUGAAGAAAUAGAAAUAGAUGAGCAAGAUAUACCGCAUAUUAAUAUCAACGUUAUUAAAGAUGAAAGUGAACAAACAUUUGGAUUAGAAAAAAGGGUAAGUGACGAAAAGAAACAAGAACCAUCAUUGUUCUCAAGCUUCUCAGGAAACAUGCAAAGUGAUACUCCUUAUGAACAGCAUUGUCCAGAUAGUCCUAUGCAAGGUCCGUUCUUUGGUCCAUUCGCAAAAGAUAUGUCAAGCAUACGUCGAUCAGAGGUAAAGAAAAAGUCUAUUAAAAGCACUACCAUUGAUGAUACGAAAGUUGAUGCCAGGAAAACACACGACGAAUUAAAAGAAGUAGAAAAAGUUGAAGUUAAAGAUUCGAGGGACAAUACAAAUGCACAAAAGCUUGUCACAAAAGAACAACCUAUUACUCUAAUUCAAGAACAAGAUAUUCUUACUUGCAUUGUCACUGAUAUUCCAUCUGAAUCUAUCUUCGAUAUUCAUAGUACAAAAGAUGUUGUUACAAAGGUAAAUAAUACAGAACAAACACUUCUAAAGGAACAAGUAGUGUCUUAUCUAGAAGAUUCUAUUAUUUUACAGACACCAGAUGAGGAUAUUCCUGCUGCUAUACAAUCGUCAUUAUCAUCGGAGGAUCCAGCAAAGACCGACAACGCAUCAGUUACAAAUAAAGCUACUUGUAAGUCUGACGAAACACCAGUAAGCUACAAAAUACCCGAUACUUUGUUAGAAAGCGGCACGGUAGAAGUAGCAAAGCACGAUGAUGGUAGCAAUAUUCUAGAUGCUGAGAAAAAAAUUAGUAGAUCGAGUAUUUGUAUGUUAGAGGAUCACGAUACACAGAAAAUCCAAGAAGAGGCAUUACCCACAAUGAAGAGUAAACUUGAAGAUAAUAAUGUCGAAUUACAAAGACAAUUAUCAGAUAUUCAAUUUGAUAUUAAAACUGAAGAGGUUACAUCAUCAGGAACAAUUCAAAUAACACAAACUACAGACAAUAAUAUUAUGCAUAAAAAUGUUCCAAAAUUACAAGACAAAAAACAGCAAGCAGAAACAUUUUUAACAAAAGAAAGAAAAAAUACAUAUAAAGAUAACAUCUCAUUAUCGGAACAGAAAUCGUUUGUUGGAAAAGUCGAAAUUUCUUUGUCUAUUCAAAAACACGAUGAAAAACCGGAGUCCAUGGUAUACAUAAAAACUCAAUCAGAACAUUCAAAUGAACGACCAUAUCACACUGUCUUAGAAGACGUUAAGAUCAGUCUUCCAGCGGAUAAAAAAGCUUCCGAAAUAAUUCAUAACAAAACUGUGCAAACAAGUCCUGUAAAUAUCGUUCAAAAAGGCACUGUAACAACUCAGACAUCAAUACCUUUGAGUACUGAAACGAGCCAACAAGAAUCGGUGAAUGAUAAAUUAAAUUUACAAAAUAAUAAAAAAACGGAACUACAACAAUCACAACAAGAGGAAUUAAUACAAGAGGAACUACAACAACUACAACAAGAGGAACUACAACAACUACAACAAGAGGAACUACAACAAAUACAAAAAGAGGAACUACAACAAAUACAACAAGAGGAACUACAACAAUUACAACAAAAGGAACUACAACAAUUACAACAAGAGGAACUACAACAACUACAACAAAAAGAACUACAACAAUUACAACAAGAGGAACUACAACAACUACAACAAAAGGAACUACAACAAUUACAGCAAGAGGAACUACAACAAGAGAAACUACAACAAUUACAACAAAAGGAACUACAACAAUUACAACAAGAGGAACUACAACAACUACAACAAGAGAAACUACAACAAUUACAACAAAAGGAACUACAACAAUUACAACAAGAGGAACUACAACAACUACAACAAAAAGAACUACAACAAUUACAACAAGAGGAACUACAACAACUACAACAAAAAGAACUACAACAAUUACAACAAGAGGAACUACAACAACUACAACAAGAUGCAGGAACUGUUAGUCCAAUUUCCACAACUAUUGCUGAGUCAGUAGAGAUCAGUGUGCUAUUAUCCGAAUCUCCAGAACAUAUCAGCGAACAACCUCAAACAGAUAUAGUAGAAAUUACCGAUUCAUUAGGACUAAGCUCACAUACUAGAAACAAUAGUUUUGGAUAUGAUCAUGGAUAUGAACCAGAUGACAGAACAACAGUUGAAGAACCUUCUUCUACUCAAGGUGAUGAUGAUAUAGGGAGAAAAAAGAAAAAGAAAAAGAAAAAGAAACAAAAAGUUCGUGAAAUAAUAGAAGAUUCUUUUGGAGUACCUAAAAGUUCUUCGGAUGAAGCAGAUUCAGCAAGUAAAACAACAAUAUCAGAUAAAGAAUACAAUAUCGUAGAAACGGAAGAAAUUGAAAUUGUCGAAAUAAAGCCUGUCAUUGAAGAAGCAGAGAUCAAUAUAAACAAAGUUCCUAUCGACACGCAAACUGUUAUCAUAGAAACCUGUAAUGUAUCAAUUUCUCCGGAUCAAAAUAAGGAAUUAGUUUCUAUAGGAUCAGUAGCUGACACUGUAGAGCAAGAAGUAAGAACAUUUAAAGUAAAAGAAACAGAUAGUCAUAUGCAAAUCUCGCCACAAGUUAUGUUUGAAAGUGCUAUGCAAACGGUUGAGAAAGAAAUACCUGAAAUAAAAGAAUCCAGUAUACAAACGAUAACACCUACGAGAACACUAACGACGGAAAAUGCGAUUCAGACCAGUCCUAUCGAAAAUGUUCCAUUAUCACCUAUUGUGCUCGAAACUAAAGAUUCACAUGUACAAACAGUCAUUGAAAUGGAUUCAACAGAAAUACAAACUUCACCGAUAGAAUGCGUUCCUUCGAUAGAUACAGAAACUCAAACAUUACCGAAAGUAUCAAUUGACGUUGAACAACAAACCUCAGCUCCUGCAACUAUAAAACAAACAUCUCCUUAUGUAUCAGAGACAGUUGAAGUAAACAUACAAACGAGUAAACCACCUAGUCCUGAGAAACCAGAAAUGUUAGAUUUCAAUAUUCAAGCUGAACUAUUGGAGAAAGCAAUAUUUGAAACUGCAGAAACACAAACAAUAUCGAAUGAACCUGUACAACAAAUGGGAACUCAAGAAACAGAGACGCAAACAAAAUCUUUGAAUUCCAUGGUUUCUAGUGAACUUCAUUCACUAGAAACAACGGAAACUCAGAUAACUCCUGAAGAAAGUCUAAAAAAGAUCGAAACAGAGGAAAGGGAAAUACAAGUAAAAUCGUUCCAAUUAUUUCCAUUUGAUAGCAUAGAGACACAAACGACGCCAGCACAGAGUCCUCGUAAAGUAGAGAUUAUGGAAAAAGAAGUACAAGUACAAUUAAUAAAUAUUAUUCCUCCUAAAACAAUGGAAACACAAACGACGCCUAAGGAAAGUCCACGAAAAAUAGAAAUCUUGGAAAGAGAAGUUCAAGCAAAAUUACCGCCACCAAUUACUAAUAUUAUGAUUCAAACAAAUCCUGUGAUUAGUCUACAACCACAAGAAAGUUAUGAUCUUGAAACACAAACUAUUCAGAAAUCAAUGAAGUAUGGUACGGAAGAAAAAAUACAAACUAGCUCACCUAUACUCGUAGAAACCAUUAGUGGUUCUGUACAAGUGGAAUCUAAAGAAUUGAUGCCUCUUUUUGAUAAAACUUCACAAAUAUCUUCCGAAAGCUGUGAGAAAAGUUUACAAGUCUCACUUAAAUUACAAGAAGAACGUAAUGAGUCAACGUCAGUACAUAAUAUCACUGAAGAUCAACUUCUAAAAACAAUAACAUCGGUUGUACCAUCCGAUGAUAUAAAAACGCAAUUAAGUUCAACUCAGUCAACAGUCGUAGAAGCUACAGAAGCAUUAUUAAAAUCAGAAAUCAGCGAUGUUUUGGUGCAGUUAGAAAAGAGUUCAACACCGGAUACUUCAUUCGAAGUACACAUCAAAACAACGAUAGAAUUACCUAAUAGCGAAAUAUCUAGCGAAGCUAUAAUGAAUUCGGAAUCAUCAACAGAUAUCUCGCAAGAUGUCUCACUCAUUCCGAAUACAAAUGAUAAUAAUAAUGAUAAUAAUGAAGCUAAAUUAGAAAAAAGGCAAAGAAGAAAGAGAAAACAUAAGACUAUGGAAAUUCAAUUAUUAGCUAAAGAAACAAAUAAUUUAGACUCUAUAUUUGGACAACCAGCACAAUCACUAAAUUCAUCUUUGAAAUUAUCUUAUUCUGAUGUAACUAAGAAAAAUUCAAAUAAGCAACCAUUCGUAGUAAAUGUUGAUGAACCAAUGACUGUUCAAAGUUUUGAAGAAAAUGAUAACUAUGCAUCUUCUGCUGCUUUAGAUAUUGACGAUGGACUUAAGAAAGAAGUUCAACAAAUGAAUUUACAAGACGAAACAAUACCGAAUAUUAUGUCUAUCUCACAAUCAUCGAUUUUUGUUGAUUUAUCCAACCCGUCAAAAUCAGAUAAACCAUUCGAAACUUCGUUAACAAGUGAAAGUCAACGAUUCGAAACUCUGUUCGUAUCUAUUCCCAGUGAACCAAUGGAUACAACUAUAUCACCAGAUGAGUCACCAUCAUCAAAUCAAAUUGAAAAACCAGUAAAAACACAAGUGAAGACUUACGCGGAAGCUAUUUCACAAUUAUUAAAAACUUCGUCGACGCCUGGUAUAGUCGAAUACGAAAAAGAAUAUGAUACAUUGGGAUGGGAAAAUCGAUUACUUGUUCCUCAUUCAACAAAUUCGCAUAAAACAACUAAUCAUGUUGAGUUUUCAUUAAGAGAAGCAAUGGAAGGAAGAAUUCCUCAACACCAGCCUACCCAAAAGAUGGAAACUACACGAAUAAUUUCGGAUAGAGUGAAGAAUCUUCAUAAUGCAGCAGAGACGGAUCAUUUGGGCAAUGUAUUGCACAUUGCUCGUCUAAGCGAAAUUAUGAUAGAUAAAUCGGUAGAAGAACGUUCGUUAGAUGUACGGAAGGAAUUAACACAACUCAGAAACGCUGUAGAAGAAAACGAUAUAGUAAUCAUCGAGGAAACUCUUCUCACAGUUAUUGAAACUAUAUCUACAUGGUUAGAAACGAUCGAAUAUAGAAUUUUCCUAAAUAGAGAGUGUCCAAGUGAACUGUCUCACAACGAUGCGAAAACUUUUAUCGAGCUGAAAGAAGAAGUAGAUCAUGUAGAAGAGAACAUCCGAGAACUCAAUGACAUUUGGAAACUCGUUGAAGGCAAUUAUCCUAUCGAAGAACGUGUCUUAUUGAGAGAAUGCUUUGACGCGCUCGAACAACACAUGAAAGCCGUUGAACACGUGACAAAUACCAGCGAGAAAUGUACUAGUAAUCAUCUUGCCAAAUGGGAUGAAUUAUUGAAUGGUGUAAAUAAUAUGUACAGGUUAGUAGAAGAACAACGUAAGCAAUUGAAUAAUAUAAUCGAAUGUGAAGCUUCGACAAGAUGGAAACUUCAAGAACUUGAUAAGAUGGAAAACAUGAAUCGUUGUCACAUGUGGAAGACUAGGAAACUUCUUGCUACUUCGCACGAAUUACUCCGAGAUUAUCCUGGAAAGAUUAUUCCAGAGGAGACUUACUUAGCUCACGAAAUUACUAAAAUCAUCGAGAACAGUAUAAGCAUAGAAAGAGAUCGACUUCUUCAAUUGCUCGCUUUAGCCGAAGAAUACGAACAAACAUUACAGGAAUUUUCACAAAUUAUUGAAAUUGCUGAGAAUUUGCUACAGAGUCCAAUAUCUGUGAUGAAUUUGGAACAUCUUCAAGAAGAAAUGCAAAAACAUAGGAAAUUCUUUGUUAAUUUGAAUCAUUGCCGUGCAAUUUUAGAAUCAUUGGAAGGCAAUCUGGAUCCAGAAACUAGAGCCAAACAUUCUAAUUUGCACGUAGAAUUACAUAGUCGUGCAUCUUCGUUGCUUGAUCAAGCUGCCUCUCGAGCACAACAAAUGGCAUUGGCAGCUACACGUUGGAUUCUUUUAGAGCAAGGUGUAAAAGAGGAAAAAGGGUGGCUUCAGGUAGCUCAUCAACGUGUUCCUGAUCUCCAGACGGUCACAUCUUCCGACUAUGAUCAAUAUAUUUCUCUGUAUCAGUCUUUAUCUUCUGACGUUGCCACACAUCACGCCCGUAUCAUUCAACUAUUGGACGUUGCAAAUCGUCUAGAAGAAUUGGUGACUAUUGAAAAUUCUGAAGAUCGUUAUAACGGAGUCUUAGAUGUGAUCGUUAAACUUCAGGAUAGUAUAGAAUCCUCUUUAAGACGAUUGUUAUCAUUCCGAGAAAAUUGGAGUACUCAACAAACAUUAAUCAACCGUAUUGAGAAUUGGAUAAUAACAGCCGAGAAAGAACUAGUUCCUUUGAGUGAUACAUCAAGUGGAAACAUGCGUCGUUUUUGGGAAUUGAAAGCUCAAUAUGAAAUACACAACAACAUGCGCAACGAAGCAGAUAAGUGCUUUGACCAAGCCUUAAAAAUCAUUCCACUUUCGGACGAGAUGUUUCAAAGACAAUUUCACGGUGAAUUACAAUAUCGAUGGAAAGACGUGACGGAGAAAAUCAAUGAGAUUCAAUCGGAGAUUACGCGUAACAUUUCCUCUGAAGAUAUCUCCUCAAAGGACAGGUUGAAAAUAUUGGAAAGAGAAUUAAACGAGUUGAGAAUGUGUCUCGACGAUUUACACGGAGUAUUGAAGACGGAGGAAGAGCUUGAUCUUUACAUAGAAAGACUUACUGUUCUGUUCGACAGAGUUUCGUUGAUUCAAGAUAAACUAAGUCGCUUGGGUCUUUUAUCAGCGGCAGAAAGUGAAACCGUUGGAAUUCUCUUAUCAUCAGCUCAUCGUAUAGAGAGUCAGAUAAGUGAGGAACUGGAUUCAGCUCAAUUACUUCGAGAAAAACUUCAAGCAUUAAAACGUGGCCUUGGACACGUUAGGAAAGCUCAUCAGAGGCAUUUCUUGACUUUGGAUCAAUGCGAAAAAAGCGAAAAGCAAGGAAGCAACGUUGUCUCAGCUGCUAUAGAUCGUUGCGAAUCGGUUUCGGAUGAGCUAAUAGUUCUUUGGCACGAUCUUAUGGGUCUUCGACAUUUGUUACAUAAGUUGCCAUCCGGUAUGAGAGUCAGUGUGUCACCUGUAAGCAUCGAACGCGAUAUCUCUGCCCUUCAGGAUGCCCACACUGAAUUAGAAUGUAGAUGUUCACGUUUACUAUCCACACUACGAAAUAGACUCGCAUUGUGGAAUCACUUUGAAAAACACUUGGAAAUGGUACAGCAAUCCGUUCAAGAAGCUGAUUAUAUGAUGGAGCUCUUGACCGUUCAAGGUUCGGUGGAUUACGAUAGAUUACUUAAGGCUACCGAGCGACUCGAGGGAUUAAACGGUGAUUUCGGUGCACGCGAGGUGCUUAUUAGCGAGCUUCAUGCCGCUGCCGAACCUCUGCGGGAGAGUUGCGCUGCAGAGGUCCGUGAAAGGGUCGAAGCAGCGGUAAAUGAAGCUGUACGAGCUUGGGAGGACACGAAAGCCGAAUUGAAUGCCCUUUGUACAAAAUAUCAACACGCUUGCAACUUAUGGCAACAAUAUAGAGAUUCGAGCGCAGUAGUAAAAGCCUGGAUGGACACUCAAAUGGGUAGUGUAGCUAAUUUACCUCCGGAGGAGGCUAUUAAGCAAGUCAAGGUUUGCGAAGAAACCCUGGCAGAACACAAGGAAAGGCUGGCGGAAUUACGCGGUUUGGUAGCCCAGAUCGCAUCAGACGUCGGUUUAGACGCUGGCGGUCCGUUACACUGCGAGGUCGAAGCACUUGGUCGUCGACUCGAGGAUGUCCGUGAAACUUUGUCAACCCUCGCCGACACUGCCGACGUACGUGUCCUUAACCAAGAACUUACGCAUGUAGAUCUUUGUCAGACGAAGAAUUUCCUCGAUACAGUACAACAGAGUUUGACGACAGUCGGCCAAGAAGAAUCCAAUGAGCACUUAAAGCUACUCCGUAAUCAUCUGCUUGCGCUAACACGAACGGAGCCACAACUCCAAUCUAUCAAAGAUAGGACUGUAACAAUGUCAACUCAAGAACCAUCAGUCGUCGAAAUCCUUCAGCAAUGGCAACGAGUAUUCAAAGAAACCUUCCAACAUUAUCACCGUCUUUCUAUCCGUUUGUUCAAGUCACAGGACGUAAUCGCGGUUCUGAAGUUGUGGCAAGAACAUUUAACUUAUGUGCAAGAGUUCUUAUCUAACCGCGUUCCCGGUGAUUACAAUGGUUUAUCGGAGCAUAGAAAUCUUUGCGAGGUUUAUAGAAACCUUCUUACCGACCAACAAAAUCACCUGUUAACUGUUCAUGGAAAAGAAGGUAAAGAUCUCAACGUUACCGAACAGUUCAAUGCUCUAACAAAUCUUCACAAUGAAACAUUAGCAAAAAUCAUGGAAAGACACACUGCUGUACACGAUCGACUCUUAGCAUGGGACAAUUACAGACGUGAUCAAAAUGAUCUCUUCGCCUGGUUAAAAGACAUUGAGAGAGAACGCAGUCGACUGCAAUUACGCUUCAUACACGUUCAUAGAUUGGAUAAGAUUCUCCAAAGAAUUCAAGCUCUGCUCGAAAAAGUUCCAUCGGGUGAAGCCCAAAUAGAGUCGCUUCAAAAACAACAAAUUCCUUUGCUUGUUGAUUGCGACGAGACUUUGGCCGUUUCAGUGCGUAUGGAACAUGCAGCAAACGUUGAACGUAUCGCCAAUUUACGUGCUGGUUUAGAGACUUGGAGAGAUUUCGUAGAGAGAGUACGAAAACUUCAUGAACAGCAUAUGGCACAGACCGACAGGAUCACGAACACACUACAAGAUAUCGGUCAGAUACUUAAUUCUGUCCUCCACUCGAUACCUGGUAAAUUGUCACAAACCAAAGAAAAUUUACUUUUCCUUCAAGAAUUGAAAACUCGUCUAGUCGAUACUAGUAACGAAUUGGAAUCUUUAAACGUACUUACUAAAAAGCUACGAGAAUGUCUUAGUCCUUCUGAUAUGAAAUCAUUGAAUCAACACGUUGCACUUUUGUGGCAACAACAAGGAGACCUUGAUCAUCAGUUAGCUUUAGUCGAAUACAAGCUUGGCGAACGUUGUGGCCUACAUAAUCGUUGGAUCGACAGACAAAGCAGAUUGUUGACCUGGAUUGAAGAUGCGGAAAUCAGAGUGAAAAAUUGGGAUAUGAUCCCUCUUGGUGAACCCGAAAAAGUACUAAAACGAUUUGAGUAUGAAUUACAGGCAGAAAUAGCUUUAAAACAGCGAGAAUUCGAGUGGGUGCAAAAAACUGGUCAAGAAUUAAUCGAUGCGACCGAUGAUACUGAGAAAGCUAAAGUGCAAAAUGGAUUAGACGAAGUGAACGAAAAAUGGUGUAGAUUACUUACGAGUGGAAAAGUUCGAGCGAAUAAAUUACACGAUCUAAUACAAUCAAUAAGCACUCUCGAAAAAAAAUUAAUAGAGCAAAGAAGUUGGAUAACUGGUAUCGAAGCGCAACUUUCUGAAAAUUUCAUCAUCGAAACUGUGAGCCAAAACUGUAUUGAUAAGAAAUUAGAGGACCAUGAAUACAUUCAAAAAGCAAUUCAAACGGAAGGUGCCAAAAUCGGAGAAGUAUUGAAUCUUUGUGAAAUAUUACUACACGAUUCCGACAUAUGGAAAACAUCUCUGAAUACCGACACGAUAAAGAACGGUAUGGAAGGUCUUCAACGUCGAUGGAAAACCACGUGUGUUAGAUCGGCUGAACGUAAGCAAGAAAUCAUUUUGGCCUGGAAGUUACUUCGUGAGAUGAAUAAUAUUAGAACAGAACACGAAAGCUGGAUCAUUCAAACGGAAAGUGCACUUACGAAUUUUGAGAAAGAAAUGAAUGAAAUUACUAAAAAGGAUACGAAGGAAAUGCUUGAAAGAUUGAAAGUGAUAAUGAAAGAUAUUGAAGCACAUGAACCAGCUUUAAAGAUUCUUGAACAAAAUUUUGGACGACUUGCAAAAGCCAGAUUGGAACCUGAAAAUUUAAAAUCGCUUACAGCUGAAAGUCGUAAAACUAUAGACCGAUGGCUUCAAUUUAGUAGUAGAACAAAUUCCAUAAUCGCAGCGAUAGAACGCGAACAAAUGGAUUAUCACGAAUUUAGUUUAGCUCAUGGUGCUGCGUUAGUUAGUCUGACACAAAUUGAUAUUCGAUUGACUCAACUGCAACAUUUGCUUACUCCUGAACAACGAACAUCACCACGUGGUAGACUGCAACGGUUAUCUGAAAUCGAAAAAGAAUUGAACGCCCAAAACGUUCUACUGCAAAAAGCUGAUAAAUUAGCACUCGAAAUAAUGCAGGAAAGUCAUCCGGACGAUGUGACUAGUAUACAAGAACUCGUGGACGAAUAUCAAUCUUUAUGGAAAGAAAUUAAAACGCGAGUUACUACUUUAAGAACCGAAUUAGAAUCUCAGGAAAAAUCUGAAGUAGACGAAGCUAUUCAAGUUGAAACUUUGAAAUUUGAACAAGACACGGCUGUUCAAGUGAACACUUUGCCUAGAUUAAUUAGAAUGACAUCUUGCGACGCGUAUAUGUUAGAAUUGAAAACAGCUCUCACAGAGUGCCAUCAUUCUUUGGACGCAUUAGAAACAACUAUCGCACCAGAACCUGUAUCUGGACCAAGCCUGAAUACAACAACUAAAACUAUUGCAAAAUUGAUUGGAUGUUGUCAAUCAUCUAUAGAAUUAGUGCGUCAUCUCCAUACUUUACUCAUGGAAGAUACAAAAUUCAAUGUAGAAACAACAAUAAGCGAGGAAGUGCAAACUGUGAUAUCUCGAUACGAAGCUCUUCUUUUACUCGCUAGAACACGUGAACAACAAAUAAGGGAACUCAGGUCUCCCAUUACAGACGCUUAUUCAUACCCAUGUAAUCACGAUAGUGAUAGACUAACGUGUCCUCUUUGCUCUCGACGUAACUGGACUCAGUUGGAUAAUGAUCUCUGGCGUCUAGAAAAAUGGUUAGAAUUUGCUGAAGGUACUCAAAGUGAACAAAACUCGCCACCAAGUAAUAUCGAGGACCUGGAAUAUGUUAUUCAAGAACAUAGAGAAUUUCUUCAGCACCUUGACAGUCACAAAAGCAUUGUCGUUAGUUUGAACAUUGUAGGUGUUCAUUUGGCUGAACAUACAGAAGACACUAGCCGCGCAACAGAAUUACGUAAUCGAUUAACUAAUGCAAAUACAAGAUGGGACAAAGUAUGUCUAUCAGCUGAAAAAUGGCAAGAACAAUUGCGGCGUGCACUUAUUUCGAAUCAUCAAUUCCAUCGUAUCAUCGAAGAGUUGUUCAGUUGGCUCGAAAAAACAGAAAUUGUAAUUAGGACAAGUGAACCAAUCGAUCUCUCCGAAGCUACCGAUAUUCUGGAAACAAAAUAUAACAAAUUCAGGGAAUUACGAAGUGACCUUGAGCGCUGUGAACCGCGUGUUUUAUCUCUCCAAGAAUCUGCCAAUCAAUUACUAAAUGAACAGGGAGGAGUGAGAGCUCGACUACAAGAACUUCGAUUAAAACUACAAUCGUUACGUCGACUGACAGGCAUCUACUCAUUGAAAUUAGGAGCAGCUUUAGGAUUGGAUCCACGUGAUAUUGGACUCGUUGCUACGUCCUCCUCAUUAGCCGCUCUUUCUCGUGAUCUACUCGAUGAAGCUGCCUCUGGGUCCUCUCAGCCACACACAACAGCUGCCACAGAUGGUAAUGAAAGACAUCAAAUAGUACCAAGACAAGGAUAUAGUUUUCUAGGAAGAGUUUUGCGUGUUUCUCUUCCAAUACAAGCAUUAAUGCUGUUGCUACUUGGUGUAACUUCAUUGAUACCGUCAACAGAAGAAGAUUACAAUUGCAUGCUCUCUAACAAUCUUGCUCGAAGUUUCACUCUAAUGGUCUAUCAUCCAAAUGGACCGCCGCCUUUGUAACAAAAACAGAAUGUCUUCACUUUAUUUAUGUCUAUUGGUAAAAACUACUGCAUUGAUAAAAAGCAUUGAAUAUAAGAUUUAACGACUGUAACACGCGAAAUGCUUAAAUAUAAAUGAAUAUACAACAUAUAUAUAUAUAUAUGAAAGUGUAUACAUAAAGUUUUCAAAUACAAACAAAUUUGUAUAUAUUAUAGCACAUGAUUUUCGUAUGUCGUCAAUGACUUAAUUUAUUCUUUGGCUAUAUAACUAUAAUCCUUUAGAAUGUUACAAACAAUAAAUGAAAUUGCAACAUUUGUAACAUAAUAGUAUUUUGAAUAAAAUAUUUAUAAAGGAUUAAAAGUGAAGUCAGUAAUUUAUAAUAUUGACGAUGGUAGUAUUUAUGAUAAAAACUAAACUAAAAAAAUAAUAUUACUGAUAAUAAAGAUCAUCACAUUAUUAUUGCAAGAAUGAUUUUUGAAUACACAAUUACUUUGCAAUAAUGCUUCCUUUAAAAUGCAAUAUUCUUUUAUUUAAUAGAAACAUAAGAAAUGAACUAUGUGUAUGAAAUACUUGUAUUAUUUCUACAUAAAUUACACAAAUGCAGACUAUUUACAUUAUGCAUAUUUGUUGUAGGAUAAAUUAAGGAAGAUUUGUCGAAUUUUUAUUUUUAUACUUUAUGUUUAUACCAAAUUCGAUAUACGAAAUGUCUAAAUCUGAUUUUGAUACAAUAUUAGAAUUUUUGAUAAAUAAUGGUGCUAAUAUGAAAGACAGUAUGUUAAAUAUAUAUAGAAACUACAUAUUCAAAUUUGUUACUUCAUUGCAAUUGGUCAUAACUGUAUUGAAACUUUGUAAAUAUUAUUUAAUAAUACCUUAAGAUGAUAUUAUAUCAUAAAAAUAAAGAAUAUAUAAUUUGUGACUAUGCGUGAUGAUAAAUACGCACAGAAUAAUGAGAAAUUAAUUAAAUAUAUAAAUACUGAUUUAUCCUCA